AUGCGGAACGAGAAGAUGAGGACGAGGAACGAGAGGGAGAGAGGACGAGAAUUGACACAACGAGGACGAGCGGACAAGAGCGAACGAACUGGAGGACGAAGGGACCAAAUAACGAAAGCACAAGGGUACAGAGAACAGGAGAGAGAGAGAGAGAGAGGACGGAAAGACGACAGGUCGGGAGGACGAGGGCCGAGAGGGCAAGGAAGGAGAGGUCGAGAGGACGAGGACGAAGAGGAUGAGGAAGGAGAGGCUGAAAGGACGAGGUACGAGAAGACGUGA